AUGUCAAAUGCUAUCCAAAUCCGCAGAUUUGCGGAUUUGGAUAUGUAUAAUUUGGAUAUUUUGCGGAUCGUGUCGCAGUCUAGUUACGGCACAAGCUUGUUGCAACUGUUGCCCAUCGAUUGCUGGAUGAAUGUCUCGGAUUAUCUCUCACAUGAGGAUUUCGCCUCGGUUGCGUUAGUCUCCAAAGACUUCCAUGCCUCCACUACGCCCUUCAUGUACCGCACCGUAUCCUGGAACUGGAACACAGUGCUCAUGCAGAAUAUUCUACGGCUAUUGCGGUCUAUUUUCAAGCGCCCAGACAUAACACCAUCUAUCCACCAUGUGAGGGUUCUAAGCUCUACGGACCGAAUGUAG